AAGACGGGGCCUCGAUGUCAGUGGGAGGAGCUCUGUGGGCGUGGCUCUGGCCCGGAGCAACCAGCGGUCUCCCAGGAAAUCUAGCACUCUUGACCUGCGGUUGGUCGGUCUCAUAGGUCUGACCAGGGGGCCGCGACGUACUCAGGCCAUGUCCCGGGACUCCCCAGCCCUGUGGGAGCUGGUAGAGGAGCAUGUUCCACUCCCGGAGCGGCCUGAAGUGAAGAGGAUUCUGGGGGAGGCAGCGGUGGACCUGAGCCUGGAGUUGCGAGAGGAGGUGGCGAUGCUAAAGGCACUGCUCCAAGAGUCUCGGUCUUCUCAAGCCUCGGGAUCCCACCCCAUGCCUGACUCUCCCUCCCUUCUUGCACCACCACCCCUCCUGAGGGAUAUCAUGCGCCAAGAACUCCGACAGUUGCUUCAAGGCCUCCGCCUUAAGGCUGUCUGUGAGGGCAGGGACCAGACUCAGGUGUGGGCCCAGUAUAGUCCCAGGGUCCUUCGCUUUGCCUUGGAGGAGCCCGGGUGUGACUCAACACAACAGGAAGUAUCACGGAUGAGAGCCAGCAAGCCCAGGACUAGAAUGAGCCACACGGAGGGGGUGAUGUUAACUUCACCUGUCAGCAGCUGUCCCAGGGACCUCAGUGUCAUCAAAGACCAACUGAAUGUGUCUAACAUUGACCAGGUUGUCAGACACCUGAGGAGCCUCCUGGAGGAGGAGUGUCACAUGCUGCAGAAAGAGAUCUCUGACCUGCAGCACUGUCUGGAAACGGAGCAGAUGCAGGCUUGCCAGCCCUCCAAGGCCACCCUAGAGCCCACCCUGGCAGAGAUAAAGGAACAGAAGAAGGCCAUGGAACAGGAGCUACAGGUCUCUAUGGGGCCUUCCUAUGUCUCUGCCAAGCACAGGCAGAAGCCCUUGAGGUCCAUUCCAGGCUUCAGACCCUUUCCUUGUCUCCAUGGCUACAUGCCUACACCUCCUUCGGAGCGCUGCCCCCACCCUCAAGGUCAGGCAAUCACCCACCGCUGGAGAGGGCGGCAGCUUCGGUACAGCUAUUGGGAAGAGCCAGCUUCCACAUCAGUGUCCAGUGCGGCAUCCCAGGCUCCAACCUGAAGGGCUGGUCACAAAACAGGCUUCUGCUGUAACUCGCCCGUCUGCUGUUCCCUCCAGCUGCCACAGCUCU